CCUUUCCUCCCUCGCUCGCUGCUCGCUCGCCGCUUGGUCACCGGAUCGCGGGUGUGAUUAUCCAUCGACAUCGCGCACCUGGUUCCAAUUUCAUAAAUAUCUGAGUUAAACUUUAAGAAAUCACAUCACAAUGACUGCUGUCAAGGGCUCCGGAGAUGGAAGAAGGGUUACUUCAAACGCUUUCAAGGAUAAAAGCAAACCCACCGACAUCCGCAGCAGCAACAUUCAAGCGGGGAAAGCUGUUGCUGAUGCUAUUCGCACCAGUUUGGGCCCUCGUGGCAUGGACAAAAUGAUCCAAUCUGCCAAUGGGGAAGUCACAAUUACAAACGAUGGAGCCACUAUUUUGAAGCAGAUGAACGUUGUUCAUCCUGCUGCUAAGAUGCUGGUUGAGUUGUCCAAAGCACAAGACAUUGAGGCUGGUGAUGGAACAACCUCUGUGUGUGUAGUUGCUGGAGCUCUCCUAGAGGCAGCUGAGAAAAUGCUCCAAAAGGGAAUUCACCCAACUGCAAUCUCUGAUGCCUUCCAACGUGCGGCUUCUAAGUCUAUUGAAAUCUUGAGGGGAAUGUCUGUGCCGGUCAAUUUGACUGACAAGGAGUCCCUUAUCAAGUCAGCCUCUACAUCUCUUAACUCCAAGGUGGUGUCCCAGCAGUCUAGUCUUCUUGCUCCUAUCGCUGUUGAAGCUGUCCUCAAGGUGGUGGAUCCCCAGAAGCCUACCUCUGUUGACCUGAAGGACAUCAAAGUAAUUGAGAAAAUUGGUGGAACAGUGGAGGACACCGAGCUUGUUGAUGGAUUAGUGUUUACUCAGAAGUCUGCUGGUGUCAAUGGCCCGAAAAAGGUGGAAAAAGCCAAGAUUGGUCUCAUCCAGUUCUGCAUCUCUCCACCCAAGACUGAUAUGGAUCACAAUGUCAUUGUGUCUGACUACGCUGCCAUGGACAGGGUUUUAAAAGAGGAACGUGCCUACAUUUUGAACAUUGUGAAACAAAUCAAAAAGUCUGGUUGUAAUGUGCUGCUUAUUCAAAAGUCAAUUUUGAGAGAUGCUGUAUCCGAUCUGGCUCUUCACUUUUUGGAUAAAAUCAAAGUUAUGGUUAUUAAAGAUAUUGAAAGAGAAGACGUUGAAUUUGUGAGCAAGACCUUAGGAUGCCGCCCCAUUGCUAGUCUUGACCACUUUUUACCUGAACACUUGGCCAAUGCAGAGCUGUGUGAAGAGGUGCUUACAGGGACUGGCAAGUUUGUCAAAAUCACUGGUAUUCAAAACAUGGGUCGCACCAUGACUGUUCUUGUCCGAGGCUCCAACAAACUGGUUUUGGAAGAAGCUGGUCGGUCUCUGCAUGAUGCUCUUUGUGUCAUCCGGUGUCUCGUGAAAGAAAAGGCCCUCAUUGCUGGUGGAGGAGCACCGGAAACCGAAAUUGCUCUGAAGUUAACUCAGUAUGCCCAAACAGUGACUGGAGUUGAUGCGUAUUGUUUCAGGGCUUUUGCCAAUGCUCUUGAGGUUGUCCCUGCAACUCUAGCCGAAAAUGCAGGCCUCAACCCCAUUUCAACUGUAACAGAGUUGAGGAACCGCCAUGCUGAGGGUGAAACUACAGCUGGAAUCAAUGUUAGAAAAGGAUGCAUCACAAACAUUUUGGAAGAAAAUGUUGUGCAGCCCCUGCUUGUCACAACCAGCAUUAUCAACUUUGCCACUGAAACUGUUAGGAGCAUCUUGAAAAUUGAUGAUAUUGUUAACACAGUCCAGUAAUGUGAUUUUCCAUUGUGCCUAGAGGCUACUUAAUUAAUUUGAACACAGGCACCUCCCAGUGACGCUUCUCAACUGUUAGUAUUAACAUCAACUGAUUGUUUUGUUAACUUUAUAUUUAUUCAUGCUUCUCACCUAAAAUGUUUACUAGAAUUCUUCGUAAAUUUAUUAUU